UCAGGGCUCUAGGAACGCUGUUUCAUGUAUUCGUAGUCAUACAAACUACUGUAGUACGAGUACAUUUAAUUUUUACUCGUACUUCAACACUUUUCUGUGAAAACUUGACAUCAAAAGAGGUCACGCUUAGCCUGCAGGCUCAGUCAGUGGCCACUCUCAGAAUUAUGAAAAUGAAAAAAGUACCUCAUGAUUUGUUGCACCGCUGAUUUACGGGAGACACUCGGGAAGUGAAGUGCACUAAUUAGAAAAUACUAACUUUAUUUUGGCCAAUCAUGUGGGCAACUAUCGUUUCGUUAUUGAUCGCUUCACUGGCAGUAUUUUGUGUUUGUGAUCCUUCUUCGUUCGUCCGCAUUCGGUGCACGGACUGCGCCCUGCGAGGAUGUACGUGUGACACAGAAAACGACAUAUGUGCGUGCGCGCGAGAUCCAGUCACCGGACCUCAAACACCCGUGGCUCCACGCCCACGCGGCAAUGAGUGCACUGACUGCGGGUUUUGCGAUUGUGGUGUCGAAUCGACGAAAAACAGGGAUUUUCCGUGGGGUUUCCCUACUACCAAAAAAUUCCAAUUAAUGUCCUUUGGCGGAUGUAGACAGGAAGACUGUGCCAAGGUCAUUUGCCACGAUGGAUCUGGUCAUCAGUUUUGCAAUUACCCCAUUGGUUGCAUGUGCCCAAGCCAGAUGAAGGGAUUGUGAUCUAAUAAUAAGUCUAAUCAAUUAUCAAUGACGUGCACUAAUGGUAAAAAAAAUUGAAAAGUGCCACUGUUUAUCCGUACACUGGCGUACAGUACAGAGAAACAGUUAUGCAUCGGUGCCAUCGAAACGUACAAGCCUGUCCGAUAAUUUCUGUCGUAAAGGUACAGCUAGCGCGAAAUUUGCGCUUAAAACCAUAGCCACGUCACUGCGCUUAUCAGAUUGCCUAAAUGCGCUCCGCAGUUAGAUUGUCCAUUACUACACCGACGGUUUUUGAGCCGCCUUGCGCCAGGCAGUUACUGUUAUGCUCAUUAAAUUAUCUGGCAUGCACCAGGCCACCAGCCAGCCAGGUGCAUGUUACGUAUUAAAACAGUGUGGCGUGGCGCGUCGUAGCAUGGAGUUUGGCGUAACACGCAAAUUUGUGUUUUUCGUUGUAUUGAACCGGCAGAAAUUACCGGACAAGC